AUGGAAAACGAUACGACACCACCAUUUACAUCGGCGUUUUCUUCUUCAUUCUCUAGCGUUUUUUGUUUUGUUUUUAUUGCUAGGUUGGUAGACGGAACGGAGUUUGAGGUGUUGGAGCAUCCAUCUUUUUUGUCACUGGACCGGCCUCCCAGCUCGCCGCGUCGCCGUCAACUACGACUGGCACGUCCGGGGCCCCGAUCACACGGGCAGGAGAGCAAAAUAGAUUCCUAUCUUCUUUUUUCUCUCUCCCUCUUUGAAAUGCAUGGAAAUGAAGUGAAGCAGAGUGCCACUGCGCGGCCGCAGAAACGGGGCACCGUCGCGUAG